CAUAGCAUGUAAGUUAUAGCUAUUUCUAUUAUUAUAUAUUUUUUACUAAAUUCUUUAUAUAAAAAAAUAUUUGGUGAUUUACUUUAGUUGGUAAAUUUGGAGAAAGUGAAAAUGUAAUUUUGAAUGAGUUUAUUUCUGAGAAAAAGUUAAAAUGGGUUCCUUAUAAUAAAUUUAAUAAUGUUGAAUAUCUUGAUAAAGGGGGAUUUAGUACUUUAUAUAAAGCUAUUUGGAAAGACAUGAUGGAUGAAGUAGUAGUUCUUAAAAGCCUCAAUAAUAUGAAUGAAAAUUCAAAUGAUUUUUUAAAUGAAUGGAAAUAUCAAAGUUUAUCAAAACGGUUUAUUAAAUUAUAUGGUUUUACAAAAGAUCCAAAUACUUCUGAUUAUAUGGUAAUAAUGGAUUAUGCAAAUCAAGGUAAUUUAAGAGGAAAUUUAACAAGAAUAGUUAAGUAUGAUUGGAAACAAAAAUUACAUAUGAUAUAUGAAAUUAUUAUUGGACUUAAUUAUAUACAUCAACAAAAUCUCAUUCAUUGUGAUCUUCAUGAUGGCAAUAUUUUAUUAGAUUAUGGAAAUAAAGUUUAUAUUAGUGACUUAGGAUUAUGUAGACCUGUAAAAUCAUUUUUUAAAAAAGAUGAUAUUUAUGGUGUUAUACCAUUUAUGGCACCUGAAAUUUUAAGAGGAAAACCUUACACUCUAGCUAGUGAUAUAUAUAGUUUUUCUAUGAUUAUGUGGGAAUUUACAUCUGGAGUUCCACCAUUUAAUGAUAGAGAACAUGAUAUUCAACUUAGUUUUAGUAUUUGUAAAGGUGAACGACCUGAAAUUACUGAAAAUACUCCACAAUGCUAUGUAGAUUUGAUGAAAAAGUGUUGGGAUGAAGAUCCAUUAAAAAGACCAUCUUCUGAGGAAGUAUUAAAUACUAUUAAAAAAUGGAUUUUUAUUCCUGAUCAGAUGGAAAUUAAAGAUAUUAAUGAAGAAUUAAAAAGCCAAAUUAUGGAAUUUAUAAAUGCACCAAUUGAGCAUAAAAAUCCUGCUAAAUUUCAUUCACAAGCAUGUUAUACAAGUCGCUUACUUAACUUUACUAGUGAAAAAUUAAAUGACAAUCUAAAAAGUGAAUGUUUGGAUUGUAUAGUUAAUGAUAUGAAUUCAUUGGUUGAUUAGAAGAGAUUUUAGUGACCAAUAUUUUUAUGAGACAUCUAAUAUUAAAAUCAUUAAUAUUAGUAGUAUUAAUUCCUAUUGGUUAUCACAGUAUUCCAAAUAUAACUCAGUUUUUGGAUGGGAAUGUAGUAAAUCUUUGACCAAUAUCUCAUUUUCACCUAUCUAAUAAUUA